AUGGCUGAGCUGGUCGGCGCAAUAGCAAGCGGCAUAACCCUGGUCACUGCCGUAGUCCAAGUGGGACAGUCCAUUCUAACGUUGAAAGAAUGGUUAGAUGAAGUUCACAACGCACCUGAAGAUUUACGGAGUCUUGUGAGGGAACUUGAGCUAUUCAGCCUGGUACUGGGUGAUAUCGAGGCCGAUUUACAGCAGCAGUCUCUUGUCUCAGCUCUGACCCACAGCAAGCACGCAGAACAGAGUUAUCGGUUUUGUAGAGAGGCGGCAGACCACUUAGAUGGGGUAUGCCAAGAGCUUUUGAAAGAGCUGAGACCAAGCGGAAAUGCUAAUAGAAAAGAUUCCCUCAGCUCAGAGCCAUCAGUCUCCACACUUCGAAAAGAAGAGUCAAUCCAAACACGAAAAAGUCGUUAUUUAUGGCGUCUCAGCCUCCCGUCCUGGAUCAGCUCCCAGAUAUUUGAAUUAGCUGGCACACAAACAGGGGAUGGCUGGAAAUGGCAGUUCAGGAGUUACAAUGAGAUUCAGGAGGACUCAAAAGUAGUGCAAUAUGCGGAAACUGGGGAUCUCAAAGGCUUGCAAGAAUUGUUUGCCUCAAGGCAGGCUUCGCCUUUUGAUCGUGUCAGUACAACAGGCUACAGUCUGCUAUUUAGCAAGGGACAGACCCGUGCCUUCAAGGCCAAGGAAAAGUUGAGUUUAACACAGCCCUUCGGCAUCUAG